UUUAUUUGUUAUCUCCUCUCAGUAUAUAUCAUCGAACGCCGUCGCUCUCGCCGUUGACUUCUACCAGUGACCCCAACGCCGUCGAUUUCCGCCUCGCCGGAAAAUUUCAGUGGAGAAGACAAUGGCGAUGGAAGUUACAGAGACUGAGCGAUGGUGCGUCGUUACCGGUGGUAGAGGAUUCGCUGCAAGACAUCUUGUAGAAAUGCUGGUCCGCUACGAGAUGUUCCAUGUACGUAUCGCCGAUUUAGCUCCGGCGAUAGUGCUCGAGCCUCAUGAGGAGACUGGACUUCUCGGUGAAGCAAUUAGAUCCGGUAGAGUUCAAUACGUCUCCGCUGAUCUCCGGAACAAAUCUCAAGUUGUCAAAGGUUUUCAGGGAGCAGAAGUUGUGUUUCAUAUGGCAGCUCCAGAUUCAUCGAUUAACAAUCACCAGCUUCAGUACUCAGUUAAUGUUCAAGGGACAACAAAUGUCAUUGAUGCUUGUAUUGAGGUUGGAGUAAAGAGGCUAAUCUAUACAAGUUCUCCGAGUGUCGUGUUUGACGGGGUCCAUGGUACUUUGAAUGCCGAUGAAUCAAUGCCGUACCCACCCAAGCAUAAUGACUCAUAUUCAGCAACUAAAGCUGAAGGGGAAGCUUUGAUCUUGAAAGCAAAUGGAAGAAAUGGACUACUCACUUGUUGCAUACGUCCUAGCAGCAUAUUUGGUCCUGGUGAUAAAUUAAUGGUUCCAUCGCUUGUUACUGCUGCCAGGGCUGGGAAAUCCAAGUUCAUUAUAGGUAAUGGGAGUAACUUCUAUGAUUUCACUUAUGUUGAAAAUGUUGUGCACGCCCAUGUCUGUGCUGAGCGAGCACUAGCAUCAGGAGGAGAAGUAUGUGCUAAAGCUGCAGGCCAGGCAUACUUCAUUACCAACAUGGAGCCAAUUAAAUUUUGGGAGUUUAUGUCACAGCUUCUUGAAGGACUUGGCUAUGCGAGGCCAAGUAUAAAGAUACCUGCAAGUCUCAUGAUGCCAAUAGCAUAUCUUGUGGAACUAGCAUAUAAAUUACUCGGACCAUAUGGGAUGAAAGUACCAGUGCUAACACCUUCUAGAGUUAGGCUACUCUCUUGCAACAGAACUUUUGAUUCCUCUAAAGCAAAGGAUCGUUUAGGCUAUGCUCCCGUUGUCCCACUUCAGGAAGGUAUAAAGAGGACAAUAGAUUCGUUCUCACACUUGGCAGCUCAAAAUCAACCCAAAACAGACGUUACUGAUACAAUUCAAUGGAAAAAGCAGACUCUCAUUGCCAUAGUCAUACUGAUUACUCUCUAUCAUAACUUUGUUGCAACCACGGGAUCUUCUUCCUUCACAAUAACUGCUCUUUCCAAGGUUUUGUUGGUAUCAUCAAUUUGUUUGUUCAUCCAUGGCAUGUUACCAGAGAAAAUGAAACUGCUCGGGAGCAAGAAGAUCGACUAAAGAAGACUCCAAAUUUGAGCUUUGUGUAAGGUAAACAACGACUUAUCUUUUCCUCUCUACAUUGAUAAACGUGACUCCUGUGUAGAUGAUGGAUGUUGCUAUGUUGAGUUUUGCGUCGUGUAUUCUACCCUUUGUAAUUUCAACUCAGUAACAGUCGAUUUCGGGUACUCUGAUACCAAAAUUUAUGAAUCAGUUUGGAUCAAUA